AUGCUCGAGUACAUCUACAUUUGCAGACAUGGCUUUCGUCUGUCGGACGGCUCGAACUGGACGAGCCAGCACCAUCACGCCCCAACGGGCAUGGACAGGGACUAUCCUCUCGCAGCUCUAGGCCUCAACCAAGCCGAAGACCUUGGGCGUUUCCUCUCUGAUCCCGAGCGAACGGCGCCCUACCCGCCCCCCGAACGCGUCUUCUCCUCCCCCUUCUACCGGUGUGUGCAAACCGCCUUACCGACCGCACAGGCCCUUACUCGGCGACAUGACAAGAUUCACCCUAUCUCCCUCGAUCAUGGCGUACAGGAAUGGUACUCUACCACUCGGGAGGGGACUGGUCUCCACCCUCGUCCUGGUGGACCAGACAGCAUGGCCCCCCACUUUCCCGAAGGUAUGAUCGACAUGGAUUACACGAGUACGGUGUAUGCGUCUCGCCGGGGCGAGACUCUACGCGGCCUCCACUCGCGAAUUGGGCUUUUCUUGGAUGCGUGGAUUGCACGAAUGGACGAGGCGGGCGUACGUUCGGCGGUGAUAUUCGGGCACGCCGCAACGGUCAUUGCCAUGGGUCGCCUGUUGACCGGCGACAUGGAACGUGAAGUGACGGCCGGAUGCGCUGUUACUUCUCUGUAUCGUCGCGCAGGUCCGUUGGGAGGAUGCGGACAGUGGGAAGGCGUAUAUGAUGGCCGCGCGGAUUAUAUGCCUGGAGGAGUUGAACGGGAUUGGGCAUUCUCUAAUAUCGAGCUCGCGAAUGGAGAGGUGCUCGAGGAGCCAGGAGAUGGGCGGUACCAUCCUCCCGAGGACGAGUUGCCGGUCGGAUUGGCGCCGGGAAUGGAACGAUACCUCCGCAGAGAUGGGGGUAGCUCCGAGGCUAUUAUCGGUACCAAGCCGGCGACUUGGUCGCGGUUGUAG